AUGGCUAAUCCAUCCGCGUCUGCAAUUCUGGACGGGAUUGCGUCUGCACGCACGGCAUUUGAAAAUAACGAGGCUGGCUCAAGGGAAGCUCUGAUUGACCACAGCCGUGCAUUGAUUGCAGCACUGGAGAUCCCCAGUGAAUUUGUACAGCGCACCUUUUGGGCAGAACCGGCUCAAUCAGCCAUUAUCCGCCUCGCCGUCGAUGUCAAACUAUUCCAACAUUUGCAGGAAGCGGCAGAUGCGGGCCUCACGCCUAUAGCUCUAUCCCAGAAGACCGGGGUCGAUGCCGUCCUUUUGUCACGUCUAGCGAGACAUCUAGUGGCAAUGAAUCUUCUCGCAUUCCACGACGGGGCAUUCCAUGCCACGAAGUUGAGCAACGAUCUCGCAGCGGAGAACUUCCAACACAGCAUCUCCUUCUGUUACGAUGCGGCUCGCCCUUCGUUCAAUGGAUUCCCAGAAUAUUUUAAGAAAACUGAAUAUAAAUCCCCGACGCUGGGCGGAACCGAUGGUCCCUUCCAGGAAGCUCACAAGACCCGGCUCCUAUUCUUCGACUGGCUCGUGGCAACCCCGCCGCACCUCCAGCAUUUUGAUUCCUUUAUGAGUGCGUAUCGCGCUGGGAAGGCAGAUUGGUAUGACUUCUACCCAGUGACCGAGCGCAUGAUCACGGGCUUUGAUUCCUCCGUGAGCGAUGUUCUCCUCGUCGACGUCGGUGGCGGAAGGGGUCACGAUGUCGCUACCUUUGCCGCGCAGUACAAUCCUUGCCCGGGCAGAAUAAUCCUUCAGGAUCGCGAGCCCGUUAUUGCUAGCGUGUUAGCUAAUAAUGUAGAGCAACCCUUCGAGGCACAAGCUCACAACUUCUUCACGCCGCAGCCCGUCAAGGGUGCACGCGCCUACUCUCUCCACUCCAUUCUUCACGACUGGGGCGAUGAUGAUGGUGUCAAGAUCUUGGAGAAUCUGGUUCCGGCACUAGAGAAGGGCUAUUCGCGUGUUUUGUUGAACGAGAUUGUUGUCAGCGAAGAGAAGCCCACACUAGCAGCGACAAGUAUGGACAUGAUGAUGUUGGCGCAUUUUGCAGUCAGAGAAAGAACGGAGGCCGAGUGGAGAAGUAUUCUGGAGAAGGCUGGAUUGAAGGUAGUCAAUAUUUACAACUACCCGGGGGUUGCAGAGAGUUUGAUCGAGGCGGAGUUGGCAUGA